AUGGAACCCGUAAAGCCCCUCAUGCUGGGGCCAAAGCUUCCCAGCCUGAGGGCCAUGCAGCAGGCAUCAAGGCCUUGGUCGAGGUGGUUUGAGGCAGAGCCGGCGCCACCCGAGCUCUCACGCAGUCGGCAGAUGCGGUGCUAUCUGGCUGCUUUGGGCUUUGGGCUGGCCGCAAAACCCGCUCGAGCGGCUCAAACCAAGAGUGCUUUGUCCACGGAGGACAAAAUCGCGAUUCUGAAAGAGGUGCAGAGUAUGGGCGACGUUGCAAUGAGUGCGCCCACAGUGGAGGAAGAAGAGGCCGCAUGGACGAAAAUGUUGGAGCGCUUCGCGGGACUUCCAGACAUCGAGGUUCGCGUGCGCAGCAAUCGUGGGAACUCACUAGCACGGCAAGGCAAGCUGAAGGAAGCUCUCGAGGAUUACAACCGCGCCAUCGAGCUGGUCCCAGAGGCAGUCGAUCCGCACCUGAACCGUGGGGCUGUUUAUGAGUCCCUGGGCCGGCUGGAGGAUGCCCUUUUAGACUACGAUGUGGUUCUACAACAGGAUCCUGGUGACCCGGCUGCCUGGAACAAUCGUGGCAACGCCUUGCUAGGCCUCCAGCGGUUUGAAGAGGCUAAGGAUUCGUUCCAGCAGGCGCUCGACAUUUCGGGCUCGCAGCGCUUCGCCUUUGCCGGAGUGAACCUUGCUCUGGCACAGUACGAGCUUGGCGAGGACGACAACGCAGUUCAGACACUGCGGAAGCUGCUAGCACGCUACGCGGAGGCUUUUCCCGAUGCGCGUGCCGCCUAUGCAUUAAUCCUCUGGGACAAGGGGGAUCCUAUCCUUGGAGAGUCAGAGUGGGACCGUGCCACGGCCGCGGAUCCGCGGUACCGGUCGGCUGAGUGGGUUCAAGGCUUUCGCCGCUGGCCGCCGCGGCUCUUGGGUAUUUUCAAACGCUUUGCAGCUACCACUUCCGUGAAG